AUGAACAGCCCUAGUGACUUUAUUUCGGUUAAGAUGCCUUUUCCCCCUACCAUUAACCACAUCGAGUUCAUGAAGUGGAAAAAGUCGCCUAACGCCUAUAUUAUAUAUCACAACGUAUACGUCAAACAGCUCAAGAAACAAAAAGGGCGGGUAAAAAGACAAAUAGUUGCUUCGCUUGCUGGGCAUGCAUGGAAAAGCGAGCCAGAUGACGUCAGAGCUCGUUACGAACAAAUUGCAAGAGAAAUCAAGAAGGAACGAGCCGAGAAAUUUUUGGCGUCAUGCAUUCAGCACUACGUUCCCCCUAAUCGUCCGUAUCCAGAACCUGAUUCUUUUGGUGAUUCGAGUAUUUCAAGUCCUCCUUACGAAGAUUACGAAGAGGUGUUUGACAAAUACAUAAUUUAUGAAGACUAA